AUCCAUUUGCUGAUGCAGCUUUUGUUUGCGACGUACAACAUAGCAUCAUUUAAAUUCGACAAACUUAUUGAACAAAGUGGAUAUAAUUUGAAGCGAAUUUAAAAUGAAUUAUCCCAAAUCAACAGUGAAUCUAAUUUGUAAUCUUUUACAAUUGAAUCUUAAACUAUUCCAAGAUCUAUUUCGUUAUAAACAUGCAUUCAAUUCAUUUCAAGCGGACCUUAAUAGCCAUCUUACCACAAUUGCAAAUGUUCAACAACAGCAAGAACAAUCCGAGGAACAAACCGAUAAAAAUGACAAAAAUGAUGGCAUUAAUAAUGAAGAAUCAGAAAGAAAUUCUCGUGAUCUAUGUGAAACCAAACAAAAAAUUUCAGAUAUGAUCUGUGAAAAAUUUCUUCAAACAUGUCAGGAUCUUGGACAACCAUCCACUGGACAAUUGGGUGAUGAUUAUGAAAGUUCCAUCUAUUCGAUUCUAGCUAUUGUCGAUGAUUUUAAUAAUCAAAGUAUCGAGGAUGGAACUGAUUUUACAUUGAUGGGUGACAAUAUGGCUACAAUUGAUGAUUCUGAAAUGAUAUGUCUUAGCAAACAGAUUGGUGCAUUCUUAUUGCGAAUGAAUCGUGAUAAUCAAUUUCGUCGAAAAUUAUUAGAUCAAUUAUUUAAAAAAUUACUUGAUCAAGAUGAUGGUAUUAAUGAUAAUGGUUCCAAUGAUAAUGAGAUAGAAGAAGAUGACACAUCAUCAUCGUUGAUAAAAAAUCUUCAGGUGGAAUAUUUUGAACAAGAUACCGAAAUUCAAGAAGAAAAUGAAACGAUUCAACACCAACAACCAAAAAGAUUGCCUCAAUAUCAAUGUAAAUUCUGUUUGCAAACAUUCCAUCAGGUAUCGUUGUUGAUACAGCAUCAACGUAAUAUACAUCGAUCACGAUUUGGUUGUGCUCGUUGCAAUCAAACUUUCCGUAAUGAAUACGUAUUACGUAUUCAUUUACGUAAGGAUUCUUGUUCAAAAUUAGCAUUUGAUCCACCAAUAUCGAUACGUUUACCUUCAAUAUCAACAUCAAUGUCCCAAUCAGUCAUUUUACAAACCCUGCCUUCGCAACAGGUUAAACAAGACGAUCAACAACCAGCACGCAAUCAUAUUUGUCGUUGGCCUGGCUGUGGUAAAACAUUUACUAGAACAAGUUACUUAUCGAAUCAUAUGAUGACACAUUCCAAUGAUCGUAAUUAUGCAUGUACUGUAGCCGGAUGUCCCAAGCGUUACAAAACUCAGGCUCAUCUUUUGAAUCAUAUGAAUGUACAUCGUAAUCAGGAAGAACAAGAAUCGUCUUCGGGAUCAUUGCAAUUACAGCAACAAAGUAUAUCAAAGCCAGAAUCAUCGUUAGCUAAUAAUAUUUAUGGCUGUCAACAUUCGGGUUGUAAUUUCCGUACGACCAAUAUGGUACAACUUCAACAACAUAUCUCAGCUGAACAUUCCGAAUCGACAAACACAGCGAUUGAAUGUCCAUUCAAAUGCCCUCAUUGUGGAACAUCAUUUCGGAAAAAAUCAUCUUUAUCGAAUCAUGUGAAAUCCCAUUCCGGUCAAUUCACAUGUGCAUGGAAUGGAUGUACAUUUCGUAGUCAUUCGAAUGUUGUUUUAUCUCGACAUAUGAUGUUACACAAAGAAGGUCUGAAUAUUUCAACUCCGGAUCAGGAUAUUGGUCAUGGUCAACGAUCUCAAGAAACUGAAAUGGAUCGAAUAAAAACCGAACCGGAAAAUGGCGGACAAAAUCGUCCAGAAAUUUAUACAUGUAAAUUGUGUGACAAACAAUUCAAUAAACGAUCAUCGAUCAUCAAUCAUGUACGAUCACAUUCUGGUCAAUAUUCAUGUCAAUGGCCAGGAUGUUAUUUUGCCUCACAAUCAAAAAUGCUUUUACGUCGUCAUGUUAUUACUGCCAAUCAUCAUAGUGAUGUUCAGCAAGGAGAGCAGGCAUCUCUAAUAAAUGAUGACGGCGACAGAAAAAAUGUUGCUUGUGUAACAUCAAUUGAUUCGGAAAUGGAUGAAAAACAACCGAUGCGAAUAUUUCAUUGCCGUUAUCCUGAUUGUUCGUAUCAGACACAUAAACGGCCACUUUAUCGAGUACAUAUGCUAAAACAUUCAGAAAUUCGUAAACAUCGUUGUUCUUGGCCACAUUGUGGAAAAUCAUUUAAAGCUAAAUCCACUUUGAAUCGGCAUUUAGUUCGUCAUCGACAAGUUGCUUUUCAACAACAAUAUCGAAAUCAAUCAACAACACUUGAAGUUAAAGGACAGGAUGGUGCUUAUGAUGAUAACGAUGAUUAUCAACCGAUUGAACCAAUGGUUAUCAUUGAUAGCCAACAGCACCAAGAUAAUGAAAUUAAUGAAUCGAUACCUAUGGCGACAGGAAAUAACAUUAUAUUAUUUAAAUGUGAGCAUUGUCCAUCAACAUUUCGAACCAAAUCAUCAUUAUCGAAUCAUCAGAUCUCACAUCGUAAACCACAAUUUCGAUGUGAAAAACCCGGAUGUUUUUAUGAAACAUUUCGUUCGACUAUACUUGAACGCCAUAUGCGAGAUGUGCAUGGCAGCACUUUAGAACCGGAAUCACAAAUUUCGAAAUGUACAACUACAAUCUAUCAAUGCAAACAACAGAAUUGUCGUCAACAAUUUAUGACAAUGGAAGCAUUGCAACGUCAUUUACAAACUUCUCAUCAACAACAGAUUGAACAACCAACGACACGAACAUACACUUGUUUCUGGCCUGAUUGUCGAAUGAUUUUUUCGGUUCGAGCUGCAUUUCAACAACAUCUUGAAUCACAUCAAAAUCGUACUCGUCGUCGUUAUGGAUGUAUCGGAUGGAAAGAUUGUUCACGAACGUUUCAAACUAAACGAGGUCUACUCGCACAUUAUAUCGAACAUCGACAACAACAACAACGGAAUGGCGAACAGGAAACAUUAAAACCUCAACGUUGGUUACGAUGUAUAUGGAAAGGAUGUUCAUACACAACGACAAUGGCCGAACAAUUGAAAAAACAUUUGAAUCGUCAUCGAAAAUUUCAACAACAACGAGCAAUUACCAGUAAUUCGAACCAAGAUUGUUCAAAAUCAUCAUCAUCAUCAACAAUUACGUCGACAACACAAAAAUUCAUAGCAAUGCCAUUUGUUGCAAGCAUCACCUCAACGUCACUGCCUACAGUUUCAACAACAACCUUAUAAAAAAUGUUGAAAAAUAAGAAUAUUCUAAAGAUGAUUGAAAAAUUAAUAAAUGAU